UGCGCGUGUGCGUGCAUUUGUGUGCGUCCGCGCGCGCGCGUUUAGCUAUUGGGCAUUGUAUACUAAACCCACGCAAUCUUAGCGUUUUGGGGAGGAGACCUCCCGUAGACCUCCAUGCCUUAUAAGUUUAUAAGUUUCCAGAGUAAUAACUGUGUAAGUGAAUGUUUCUUGAAGAGCACAAACAUGCCUCUUACUUCUGGGGAUGGACAACACACGGACGUCCAAGAGAAAGCUCCAGGCAUACCAAUAUCACGCAAACUAUGCUAUGCCAUUGGAGGGAUGCCCUAUCAAAUGACAUCAAACACCAAGGGCAUUUUCAUACAGAUCUUUCUACUGGAUGUUGUACAGAUGAGUGCCUUCUAUGUCUCCAUAAUGCUUUUCCUUGGCCGGGCCUGGGAUGCCAUCACAGACCCUUUGGUGGGCUAUGCAGUUAGCAAGAGUGGGCAAACCCGCUUUGGAAAGCUCAUUCCCUGGAUAGUGUGCAGCGCGCCGAUGGGAAUACUUUCUUAUGUCAUGCUGUGGUACACCCCUCGGGACACCAUGUCCCCUGUCUUCAGCUUCUGCUGGUACCUUAGUUGGUGCUGCCUCUUUGAUGCCUUCAUGAGUUGCUACCAUGUCCCCUACACUUCCCUGAACAUGUUUCUUGGAGGUGACCAGAGAGACCGAGACUCAGCCACUGGCUAUAGGAUGGGGAUGGAGAUGUUUGGGACGUUGGCAGGUCUUGUUAUUCAGGGCCAGAUUGUGGGGCGAUACCAUGCUAAGAGGGCAGAGACAUGCAGCAUGUUGAAUGGUAGCCAUACUCUGGCAGGAAACCUCUCCUACAACUUCACUUCCCCUCUCACUGACACGCUGCAAAACACGAGGAGAGCGUAUUUGGUUGCUGCAUCGGCACUGGGUGCCCUCUACUUCCUGUGCUGCCUCACGCUGUUCCUUGGAGUAAAGGAGAAAUUAGCCCCGCUGAGCAGACUGGAGCGCAGUACAGUGCCCUACCUGACCAGUCUGAAGCUGCUCAUGAGACAUACCCCAUAUGUGCGCCUCGUGUUUGGUUUCCUCUUCGCCUCGCUUGCGUUUCAGGUGACGCAAGGAGUCUUUGCUAUCUAUUGUACGUAUGUGGCUGGAAUGGGGGCAUAUUUCCAGCACCUAAUGCUCAUAUCUCUGAGCAUAGCUACAGCAUCCGUUCCCCUGUGGCAGAUGCUAUUGCUCAAACUGGGCAAGAAGACCACAGUCUUUAUCGGCCUAUCAGGCUAUAUCCCUUGUCUCAUCAUCCUAUACUUUGUGAAGGACAGUUUCCCAAUCUUUGCAGUGAUUGGCAUUUUAUGUGGCUUCAGCCUAUCAUGCCUCUUUCUACUGCCCUGGUCGAUGCUACCAGAUGCAGUGGAUGACUUUAAACUGAAGAACCCAUCGUACAUGGACCUGGAACCCAUGUUCUAUGCCUGCUUUGUCUUCUUUAACAAGUUUGGAGGAGGGGUGUCAAGCGGAGCGUCCACUCUAGCUCUGCACUUUGCGGGUUACCAGUCUGGUGUGUGCAUGCAAGACCCCGGAGUGGUUGCUACCCUGCAGGUAAUUUUUGUCCCAGUGCCCAUCAUCUUGCUCCUGAUUGGCUUGGUACUCUUCUACCUCUACCCCAUCAACGAGGAGGUGCGGCAGAAGAUCAAGGCCGAAAUCAAGGCAGCAACAGAGAUGAAACCAGACGUACAAACGGAUCAGUAUCUGUGAAGAUUUCAGAGUGGAUUUGAAUUAACCUCAGACGCACCUCUGAAGAGCUCACGGUGGAUAUGAAGGAGCUAGCUACACAUGUAACAGAAUGCACCUCAAAUCUGUCAAUGAAGAGCUCACACUGAAAAACGAUCCUCAAUGAAUUAUUGUACGAUGAUGUAUGAUUAUGCUUUUCAUGCAGGUCUCUCAACAGUAAUAAAGAUGUUGCUACUAAAGCUAA